CUCGUGACACAGCCACAUUUUAAGGACAUUUCCUCUUUUUCCUCCGUACUGUCCCACUGGACACGAUAUGGGAGGGACUAAACGUGUGCAUCACCUACGGGAAAUACUGUCAAACUCUGGCAAGAAAACACGAUGAAAUGUUACUUUUAUCCUGGAUGUAAUUGUUUCUUUUUGUCCUGCCUUGUGGAGUAGCUGUGUGUGCUGCGUCGCGGCGGUGUUUGAUCUGAAACAGGGUAGUUUGCACUCGCGGCAUCAGAGCGAUGGACGGCCCGGAUGACAUCGAGCCGGAGACUAAGAGCUCGUCGGCCCAGCCUCUGGCCAGAAGACGCUUUUCAAACGACAUGCACGGCCUGAGUCCAGACGAGAUAGAUGGCCUCAUGUCCAGCAGCGAGGGACGUCCUUUCCUUGUGGUGCAUCGUCUUCCUGAAAUAAAAAUUGAGGGUGUUCCUGCUCUAAUGCCUGGUAUCCCUAUCACAUGCAGAGUGGACAACACAGAGAAACACACUACCCGCUCUAAGGUCCGUGUGGGCACCUUGUACACCGUGUUUCUGACCCAUGGUCACUUCCACUGGUCGGUGAAGAGGAAGUACAAGCACUUCCAGGAGCUGCAUCGAGACCUUUACAAGCAUAAGAUGAUGCUGCACCUGAUUCCUCUGGCCAGAUUUGCAAAGGACCGAGUGCAGCUGAGGGCCAUGUCGGAGGAAAUGCCCAGCCUCCACGGCACUGAGCGCACCAGGAGGACCUCCAGCAAAAUGAAAUACCUUGAGGAGUACCUGAACGGCCUGCUGGAGAACUCGUUUUGCAGGAAUGAUCACAGCAUGAUUGAAUUCCUCUCUGUCGGCGCCCUCUCCUUCAUCACUGAUCUCGGACCCAAAGGCUUGGAGGGUCCCAUCUCUAAGAGGUCGGGGGGUCAUCGGAUCCAGGGCCUGAACUGCAUCGGUCACCAUCAGUUCUGUUUCCGCUGGUCCCGGCGCUGGCUGGUGGUCAAAGACUCCUUCCUGAUGUACAUGAACCGAGACAACGGAAAGAUUAACUUCGUGUUGCUGUUCGACCCGGAGUUCAAAGUGAAAGUGGGCCGCGCUUACACCGACACCAAAUACGGAGUCUGCUUCGAGAACUUCACUCGGAGUCUGGUGAUCAAAUGCUGCAGCUACAGACAGACUCACUGGUGGAGUCAUGAAAUCAACCGGCUGUCCGACUCCAGCGACUUCCUCAAAGUUCAACGCUUCGAAGGGUUCGCUCCGCCGCGGGAGGACACGCUCACCAAAUGGUUUGUGAAUGGAAGCGGCUUCCUCUCAGACUUGGCUGACGCUCUGGAACAAGCCAAGGAGGAAAUCUUCAUCACAGAUUGGUGGCUCAGCCCUGAGGUCUUCCUAAAGAGACCGGCAACUGAUAACUUCUGGCGCCUCGAUGAGAUCCUCAAACGCAAAGCAGAACAAGGAGUCCAAGUGUGUGUUCUGCUGUACAAGGAGGUGGAGAUGGCUCUGGGCAUUAACAGUGAGCACAGCAAGAAGACUCUCAUGAAUAUGCAUCCGAACAUCAAGGUAAUGCGACAUCCUGACCAUGUGUCGUCCGUGGUGUUCCUGUGGGCUCACCAUGAAAAGAUGGUGGCCAUUGACCAAACUGUAGCCUUUGUGGGCGGGAUCGACCUGGCGUUUGGGCGGUGGGACGACAGCCUGUACCGACUCACUGACCUGGGGUUGAGAGAGACGUCUGACACCGUAACAGGAGAGGAGACCGACGGAGAUACAGGGGACAACGGUGUGUCAAAACCAUCUGAACCAGAUAAGGAAGUGGAGCAGAACCUCGACGAUCUGACGGGAAACACUAAGCUGUGGGUCGGCAAAGACUACAACAACUUCAUCAAGAAAGACUGGGUGCAACUGGACAGACCGUUUGAAGAUAACGUCAACCGCACUCAAGUUCCCCGCAUGCCGUGGCGUGAUCUGUCUGCAGUUGUUCAUGGCCAAGCUGCAAGGGAUGUAGCCCGUCACUUCAUCCAGCGCUGGAACUUCACCAAGAUUUUCAAAAACAAGUACAAGGACAAAUUCUACCCUUACCUCCUGCCCAAGUCUCACUCCACCGCUGACUCACCCUCGUUCACCGUGCCCGGAUCCAAGAAGGCCAAAGUGCAGGUGUUGCGCUCUGCAGACCGGUGGUCUACUGGAAUCUGUGAGAACUCGAUCCUGAACGCCUACAUCCACACCAUCGAGAACAGCGAGCACUACAUCUACAUCGAGAACCAGUUCUUCAUCAGCUGUGCCGACGGGAAGACCGUCUACAACGGGAUCGGGGAUGCAAUUGUGAAACGAAUCCUGCGUGCACACAGUGAGCAGAAGAAGUACAGAGUGUUUGUUGUGGUUCCUCUGCUUCCUGGAUUCGAGGGAGACAUCGCGUCAGGAACCGGAGUUGCGAUUCGAGCGAUUCUUCACUUCACUUACAGGACCAUGUGCCGAGGAGAGCACUCCAUACUGUCAAGACUUAGUGAAGUGAUGGACCAGUGGACGGAGUACAUCUCGUUCUGCGGCCUGAGAACACACUCUCAGCUGUGCGAGUCUCUCGUCACGGAGCUCAUCUACGUUCACAGCAAGUUCCUCAUAGCCGAUGACCGCUGCUACAUCAUCGGAUCAGCCAACAUCAACGACCGCAGCAUGCUGGGCAGCAGAGACAGUGAGAUGGCGGUGUUUGUGGAGGAUGAGGAGCGGGUCCCCUCCACCAUGGGGGGGCAGGAGUACCAGGCCGGACCCCUCACACUCGCUUUGCGAAAAGAGUGUUUCAGAGUUCUUGUCGGAGCUUCUUCAGACCCCAGUGUCAAUAUUGACGAUCCCAUCAGCGAUGAGUUCUUCUUCCUGGGCUGGAACGAACCAGCUAAACUGAACGCUGAGAUUUAUGAAAAGGUCUUCAAAUGUCUGCCCAACAACUCGGUCCACAACAUGCGAGAGUUGAAGGAAUACUCUGCCCACGAGCGUCUGUGCGACUCUGACCCUGAGCAGGCAAGAGAGGAGCUGAAGGCUGUGCGAGGGUUGCUGGUUCACUUCCCCCAGAAGUUCCUGUGUGAGGAGGACCUGUUGCCUCCGAUGAACACUAAAGAAGGCAUGGCUCCUGUCGGUCUGUGGACAUAACUCAGCUCAGACCACUACGUUACAUCUCCACUGGCUUCAGAUGAUCCUCCUCAUAGUUUCUAAUGGUCAGCACAGUUCACUAAAGUAGUUACAGUACAGCACUGGCACUUCAGUGGUGAGGAUGGAGAAAUCACAUCAAAAUAAUGUGUUGGUGCAUCAUUGAUGUUUUUAUUUUCAUUUAAACUGACAAUGAACAUAACCACUGAAAAUUAGAUUUGAUCAUGAUUUAGAACAAGGCAAGGGCUUUUUCUGGUUUUCCCUUUCCUGUAGUGUGUUAUAUAGGUUUAUGUGAAUGUAAAUGGUGUACUAAGGAUACAUUCCCUCUAAAAGUUCAACCUGGAGGGACUUUUUCACCCACCCAUCGACCGGAAAUGACGCUAUUGGGGUCCUGCUGUAAAAGAAUGACAUCACUAUGUAAUACUUGCGCUUCCAUUGGCUCCCCAUUGGUAUGUGAUAGGCUAAGGGGCGGGACAUCCCUAAGUGGUUGACCAAUCACAACAGAGCCAGCCAGCUAGCCAAUCAGAGCAGACUGGGCUCUGGUUUCAGACAGAGGGUGAAAAGAGGUGCUGCAGCACAAGCCGUAUGAGAAAAAAAAAGAAGACCUUUUUGAAUAUUAAAGCAUGGAGACAUGUCACAGUAGAGACAAUACAUACUAAUAUUAACCUGAAUUUGAGCAUAAUAGGGCCCCUUUAAAAAUCAAGCUUAAAUAGGCAAAAAUAAAAGUCUUCAGGCUGGAUUUCAAAGUAGUGAGAAUUGCGUUGUUUGUUCCACAUAUAUGUAGCAUUUCUGGUUACAGGAGGUUGAGCUGAGUUGUUUUUACAUUACAUUACAUGUCACUUGUUAGACGCUUUUCUCCAAAGCGACUCACAUACUCAGUACUGUGGGCAAUCCCCACAGGAGCAAUUUGGGGUGAAGUGUCUCAGGGACACAACGACAUGCUGACUGCAGUGGGAUUCGAACUUGCUAUCCUCUGAUUCGAAGAUCAGCGCAUUAAUCCACUGAGCCACAGCCUCCCCCGUUUCAUUCUGCUGCUCAAUAUGAGCGGUGGUGUUGAACGCAAAUGAAUGUAUGAGUCAGGAGAGGAUGGCGAGUUGGUAUUGGAAAUCAACACAUGAUCUGGGAACAUAGUGUACAGUUAUUGGUGCAAGGUUUUUAGAUGGGUGGGUGGGUGGCUUCCGUCUCCGUCUCUGUUCGCUCUCACUCUCUCUUCCUCCGAGGCUUCACCUCUCUCUGCAGUGCCAGCAAAUCUGUCAGAACAUUUGUGGUUGUUAUGGUGACGGAUAUAAAGGGAUGACUGGAUUGUAUCUGAAAUAAGAAAGACUGAAUAGGGCAGGAAAGGGAGAGAGCACCUAAAAAAAAAUGGGGCUAAAUCGGGAUAGAGUACGGGAAAAAUAGAAAGGUAAUAUGCAGAGAAAAAGGAGGACUGACCAUUUUCUGUGCAGAUUUCAUAUUUCUGGAUCAGUGAUCAGGUGACGUCUGUGAGAGGAGGAGAAAAAAGGAGGACAAGAUAAUUGAAGGGUGUUAGGUUGAUUUACCGCAAAUUGUUGCAGGUUUUUAAGUCACCAUGACAACCAAAGUGAGUUAUAAUUCCACCAUGUGCUCAGCAGAACAGAACAAAUCAUUCCUCUUCAGCUAUUUCCGUCACCGCUCGACAAUUACGUGUCCAGGUGCCAUACAAUGUCCUGCAUAACUUCCCUUUACUCAUUUUCAUCCUACCAGGCUUUCAUUUAGAGCACUGUAACUUAGUGGUGACAUAACUUGGCUUACAAGUCCUUUUUAGUCACAAAUAUGUUUUUUAAAUAUAUAUAAAAUGACAUCCUUGUUUUGCUGAAAACCAGCAAAUCCCAUUUCCUGAGCCAUGAAGAACUGAGUACAAUUGAGCAAGCCUUGCACUGGACAAAUAGGAAGCAUCCCUCUUUUGUGAAGUGUAUCCGAAGUCUUAUGUAAUAAUUUAGCAGACUGUAUUGUAAGUCCUGCCUUCCUCGUGCAUUUCCAUAGCUGUAAGACACAAAAGGAGUUCGACCAAGGUGAAGGAGAGAAAAACACGUUGAAGAUUCCUCACAUAGCACACAUUCUUGCCAAGUUUAAUGACACAUAUGCAAAGCACCAUUAUCAUGUCCUGUUUCUUUUCAAGAGUACAACCUGCAGAGGGACAGACACCUUGUCCUUUGUAUUUUUAAAAGACCUGUAUGCGAUGGAUUGAAGUCCAUCAAAAGUAGAAAAUUGCUGAGCCUGUGACACAACACUACCAAGUCGGUAUCAGUGCAAUCUAACAGAUGACAAGUUUCCCACAUCGACGCUGCUCUGCCUCUACAUGAACCACCUUUCACAGACGAGCUAAGAAAUUCAGCAUUUUGCCUUCAGAUUAAUUCACCUUUUUCUUUGGAAGAUUUUAAAAUGCUACUAGCCUUUGCACACUAAGCGCUGGGUUGUUACCUUAAUCUCCUGUAAAGCACAAAAUGGUUGCCCUAAUACUGUUUCUAUCAUGCAUUUUAUUUUUAUCUGACAGUCAGCAUUUCUAAUACAUUUUUAUGAAUAUACUAAUACCAACACAUGUGUGUGUGUUAACUCAUCACUUUUAAUCUUAAAUCACCAUGUUAAAACCUUGUGUAUGCAAAUGUGUACAUCUGGGAUAUUACCGUAGAGUUGCUGAUGUAUAACUAACGCUCAGAAGUAGAGAGAUAAUAAACAUGCUUACUUAAUCACUUAAGUGCAGUUAACAAUAACUUUGAGGUAUUAUACUUCUCUUGUUUCCUCAAUAAACUUGUUUUAUAUGGAAUUUA